GCCACGGUGAGAUCCAGGAAGCUGGGCCCUUGGCCUGGUCGAGCAGGGCUCUUCUUAUGUCAAACACACACAAGAUUAGGCCUGGCACAGGCCACCUCUAUGCUCCCCAGCCCCUUGCUCCAUCCCUUCCUGCCUUUCCUGGUAUCCAUAGCAACCGGGCCGACUGCUAGGCCCUCCCCUUGCUUGGCCUUGCCUGCCUAGAGAGGGAAGGAAGAGAGGAGGGAGAGGGAGAGAGGCGGCAGAGCCAGGCCAUCACGUGGAGGACGGUGAGAGGAGGUGAAAGAUGGCCAAAUAUGAACCCUACGAAAGAAAUUAUGACAAUACAGUAAAAAUGCUCGAAGAUCUAAAUAAAGACUUAGAAAAACUACUGGAAGAUAUGGAAAAACUAUCAGUGCAGGCUACAUGGAUGGCUUAUGAUAUGGUGGUGAUGCGUACUAAUCCAGACUUAGCCAACUCAAUGAGACGGCUGGAAGAUGCCUUUCUCACUUGUAAGGAGGAAAUGGAGAAAAACUGGAGAGAGAUGCUAAAGGAAACUAAAAAUGUUGCACAAAAGCAAGAAUAAAUCCUAAAAUUUUGGGGAGGAGAGUAGGCCUUGGGUGUUGGUCUUCAGCAGUCACUUUGUUCACUGCCACACAUAAAUUUAAGUUUAUAAGAUGUGUUUAAAAACAAUUGCCUGAUGUGUGCAUAUCAAAAAUCCUACUGGAAAGGCAAUAGUGGUUUUAUGUAUUCAUUUAUAUUAAACGGAGACAUCACUGAAUUUUUAAAUAAAA